AUGGCCAUCGCGGCCUAUAGCGGCCUGCAACAGCGACCUUCGGUGCCGACCCUGGACCAGUGUCUAACACCCACAAGCUCUACAUCUGAAACUCUGAAACACCUCCGGUCCCCGGAAUCCGCAAAAAUCCAAGGCCCUACCCUCACCCCACCCUGUGUCAUGUUCUGGGUCCCUGCUAACACCAACGACCCUUUCCUUGCAAAUUACAAUGCCUCAGUAGCUGUAACUCUACCCAUUAACAACCGCCCAAUUACUGCUACAAUCGACACCAACAGCUCAACCAUCGCCCCCUGCAUAACUUGCUCCCCUGCACCCAUGGACACCCCCACACAGGCCACCGCCACCGCUCUAAGACCCCUAGAUGACAACCUGGAGUAUAACUACAUCAACCUCACAGGAGAGCUGGCUAACUUCCGCACCCACGGAGCCUGCCCAGCCUGCAUCCUAGCAAACAUUGAUGAAACCCACUUCAACCAGUGGAUUACAACUCCGAGAGCAAUCCUAAUCUACCCCCUCAAUGCUAAACAUAACCCCGAGAACGACCACAAGAUGAGGGACGACCUCACAAUCUUCCUAACCAGAGCUUUCCCCUUAUUUGCCCCCUUUAUCAAAGUCUUCCCCCAUUGCCAAAGGAUACGACCCCACUGGGGCUCCCUGGGGCUUCCUAAUUGA